CGCACGCACUCGAGCCUCUCCACUAACGGAUCUCUUUGGCAUCGACAGAAGGAGGAGGUCCGACCGGACGGGGGCCUGUCAGGGAGAACAAGAUGUCGCUGACACGCUCUGCCGCGGUCGGGAUACGCUCCAGCAGGCGCGCAAGCCUCCAUCUCCACGCCACCGCGAGGCGCCUUGGAGUAACAGAGGGGUCCCGUGUGACGCAAGUCGCUGCACCCCGUCGAAUGGCUGUGUCGAGAGGCUUUGCAACAGCGACCCCCAAUCUCACUUCCACUCCCACGACACUCGUCGAUGGGCAACAGGACGAAUCAGACGUCGUCGUCAUUGGCGGGGGCGUCGUGGGUCUGUCUCUUGCGUGCUCACUGAUCUCGAGCCCGAGCUUUGCCACCUCUGGCAACAGCCUGACGCUCAUCGAAGCAUCUGAUCUUGACCGUUUCCGGACAUGGGCCGAGACAAGACAGAAGGGAGGUGCGGCAGACGAAGCACGGCCGCACGAUGGUAUCGACUGGGAGAACCGGGUCAUCUACCUCACCGAGGAGAAUCGCGCUUGGCUUGACGACAUUGGCGUGUCGCAAUACCUCGAGACACAGAGGCUGGGACCGGUGCAUUCAAUGCACGUCACCGAUGGACUGACUGGUGCCGCACUCGACUUUGACAUUGAAGAUGGCGGGAGAACGGCCGCAGAGGCACGCCUGGGCACAAUGGUUGAGAUUUCGAACCUGCAGCAAGCCAUGAUCCGCCGGUUGGACGAUGCUGCGAAACAAGGCCUGCCUGUCAGCGUGCUGCAAGGCACCAAAGUAGCGCGCAUCGACGCCUCGACGGGCGCAUCUUCAAAGGAUCCCUGGCCGUUGCUCACUCUGGACGAGGGCAGCCAACAACGACGUCUGCGUGCGAGGCUCCUCGUCGGUGCAGACGGCCACAACUCGCCUGUGCGGUCCUACGCCGGCAUUGGUGCAUUCGGGUGGGACUACGACCGCAAGGGCCUCGUCGGCACCCUCCGACAUCGGCGCCCUGGCAUGGCCGAGGAGCAGCCGCGCACGGCAUUCCAGCGCUUCCUGCCGACGGGCACGAUUGCAUGGCUGCCACUGUCUGAGCAGACGUCGUCCAUGGUCUGGACACUGCCGCCAAAGAUGGCCGAGGCAUUGACGAAGAUGCACCGAGAGUGUGCAGCGACAGCAACAAGGCAGACGCUGCCCUUGGCCCAUCUCAUCACGGCCGCCUUUCGCCUGCCCUACGCUGCCCUGAACGAUGUCCUGUGCCGCAUCGUUGCGCAGUGCGAGUCCCCCUCUGCAUCUCCGGGUCAGGACUGGAGCUGGGUCGUGGGCGCUCUCGAAGAGCACCUCAUCGCAGCAGCAGCAUCGUCCAGCUCGACGCCGCACGCACCAGCAGGCCUGACCAUGACCGAGUCCGAGGUGCCGCCGCCCGUGGCCUCGGUCGACGCAAAGAGUGUCGCCUCGUUUCCCCUGCGCCUCUCGCACGCCGACGCCUACCUCGGCUCAUCGCUUGCCAACGAGGCAGACGCCAGCACGUCGGGCGCCGCCGCCUUUACGCCGUCCUUCUUCCUCGACAAGGCCCUCGCGCUGGCCAACCUCAAGAGCGGCGGGCAGAAGGGCGCACCAGACGCGGACGCACGGCCCCGGACCGCCCUGGUGGGCGAUGCAGCACACACGAUCCACCCGCUCGCGGGCCAGGGCCUGAACCUGGGCCUGGCCGAUGCGCGGUGCCUCUCGCAGGCCCUCGAGAGAGCAUCGGAGCGCGGGGCCGACCUGGGCGCCCAUGCAUCACUGUCCGCCUACCCGCGGGGCCGCUACCUGGCGAACCAGGCGGUGCUCAGCGCCGUCGACCACCUCCACUGGCUCUUUGUCGUGCCGCCGCCGCUGUCAUUCACAGGCGAAGGGCACGGCCAGGCAGGGAAUGGCGUCGUGCAGGAAAGCGUCGCGAGGGCGGCCAUCUGGGCACGGAGCACCGGCUUCGAGGUCCUCAACGAGCUCGGCAGCGUCAAGCGCGCCAUCACCUCCUUUGCCGGCUCCACCACGUCUUCCAGACGGCGAUAGCAAGACAGAAAGAGAGUUUGCCAUUAUCCAGAGGGCCCUGUAUUAUUUUCUCACAAAAAAAGGAAAGAAGGAAAAACAGAAGAGACAGAUG